AUGUCGACAGAGGAAAGCGAUGCCAGUUUGAUGGGACUCGAUUGGGAAACAUGGCAACGUGUAACGCAAACACGUGGCCUGACGGCUGCUUCCGGUACAAAUUACGAUGCUGCUGCUAUGCCGUCACAGAAAGCAAUUUGUUACGGUUUUUAUCCUAGCAUUGAACUCGAAUCCAUGCUGCUAAUCAAUUGCAAGAAGUGUGGCUUAAUUUUGAAGGAUGUUGGCUAUGGGCAUCAUAUGCGUUCCCAGCAUGGUUAUCAUAUAAAGUCAGGCUCUGGCGACGAAUGCCAGUCCUUUUUGCUUUCUCCUCCUCGUCAUGUCGUUUCCCCGCGUUUGGAAAUACCUAUUCUUUCGCCACCAUAUCGCCGAUUAUCAACACCGAUCGCAUCACCUAAGGAGAGCUCAGGUCGAAAUGGAAAUAUUAUAUCUCAGGCUACCUCAACAAGGUACUCCGUGGAACAGAAAGACGAUCUCAAGCUUUCAUUGCGAGUAUCGAGACAUGAAGUAUCAAGUGAAGCAAGCGGACAAAGUAGUUCAAUUUUGCCUAAUGGCACCAAAGAUGAAGUGCGGAUAAGUGCUAAAGUUAAUCGGCGAUUGAAUGGCAAGAUGAAAAACAAAAAGGGAAAGAAAAGAAGACGAGAUUCAUCUGAUGAAGACAAUUUCUCUUUAGAACAUUUCCGGCAGAAAAAGCGGUUGUCUAAAAAAGAGCAAAGCGCUGAGGAAGUUAAUAAAUCAGCAUCGAGUAAUAUUCUUGUUAGACAUGAUAAUACGGGUGAUAAUCAUAUUUGUAAUGGUGCUGCAACAACUUCUCAAAGCGUAAAGGCUUCCACUGAUAUUGAUAGAGUUCCAACGGAAGCGUUAACACAUUCGCCAGCAGGAACGUUAACACAACCUCCAACGGAAGCGUUAACAGAACCUGCAACGGAAACGUUAACACAACCGGCUUCUGCUGCUUCUACUUUGUUAUCAACGGAUACAAAAGUGCAGCCGGCAACUGCACUGAAAUCGAUCGACAAUUUAGAAAGAUUGCAAAAAGAAAACGAAGAAACAUUUGGUGCAAAAGAGCAAGCAGAAGUGAUACCACACUGUUCCGAACAGUGGGAUGAGACAGGUUUAGAUGCAGUUUUGUCUCAGGAUGUGGCAUUAUUCCCAGCUCUCAAGUUAGAAAAAAGCGAAACACAACAGAAUUGGACGUCGAAUACGACAUUUUCAUUGGAAGAUUCGGCUAAUGAGAGUUAUUUGUGUGAAGAUUUCGAUCCACAGAGAUUUUAUGUACCAUCACCACCCCUACUCUCUCCGGUAGCAGAGAAAGAUUGCUACUUAAUCGAUCCCUUGACAGCACCUAUUGCUUCUCCACAAGAAGAUAUUUAUUAUGAUCAUCAUGUGGAAGAUCUAUUGUUGCAACCUGAUGAAAGACUUAUUUCUAACGGGUAUCAAGAAAUGGUCGAUUUGUCACGGCCAUCACCCAUACAUCCAAACGAAGAUCUGGAUUUAAAUGAUUACAGUCCUGUUCGUCAUCGCUCUGUAGUUAUAGAAGAUGAAGAGGAUGCAAAUGCAAAUCGUGGCAAUACUGAAAUCCGCUACCCGAUUGAGGAAAAGAUUGUUGCGACUGGACCAUGUUUAUAUGGUUAUUCACGAGGAGAGGUUUCGGAAGAUGCAAGAAAUCGGCAUUUCUCGCGUAAUGAAGAAAGUUAUAUGGGAAGUGAUUUCAGUCAUAGAACACAUCCUCCAGUGGAGCAAAAAAUAUGCUUGCAUCAUCAACAGCCUCGUUGCCCACAACUUGUUUCGGUUGCUUUCGUGCCACAGAAAAGGAGCAGUCGGACAUGUUCAUCACCGCUAAUGGAAGGAUUUUGUGCUGACAAUGUGUCAUAUCGAGACACCUACAUGGAUCCGGAGCAAAAAAUCUAUUAUCCUAAUGCGAGGUUACUGACGGUUCCAAUCAACGGAAAAACAACUGUAGAUUAUCCACCACAAACGAGAUCUUCAUCUCCCGAUAUAUUUUUAUCAGAGCAAAAUCAUGGAAUGCAUGAUUUACCGGAUGAUGUAGAACGAUUACCUCAGCUGCCAAGUUUUCACAAUAAUAUAGCAGAGGAGAUGCACAGAGAGAUUCGUGAUCCGGUACAGCUAGAAAUUGCUAACCAAGGGUUACAGCAACAUUUUGAUCAGAUCAAUUAUAAUUUACGGUCUGAACGUAGCCGGCUGUCUUUAGGAAGAAAUUCGGCGAUAAAAAUUAGUAAGGAAGCAGUGUUUGAACAUCCUUAUGAUUAUAGUCCAGGGACACCGGCGAACCUUCAUGGAACUCGGAAUUCGAGUUAUGUACCUCACAUGACGCGAAAGAAAGGAUUUUCCCCGCGGGUUUUUCGUACCGUUCGUUCUCAUGCGGAUACGGUACAGCAGCCUGCUACGUCACAAAUAACACCGCAUGAAGUUUGCGUACCAAUUCAUGGCAAGACCGUGAUACGUCCGGACUAUCGUUAUGUGUACAUACCAUCGAAAUCAUCGCAUUCUGCUGAUCUCGAUCAUAUAUAUAAUAGGCAAAGAAAAGAUCGUGAAAGAGAGAUGAAUGAAUUCGGCUGUACAGAAGUGCGGCAUGCAGAACAUCAGUCACGGGUAGAGCCAACAAUAAGGCAAAUAGCAGUACCAAAGGUUCAGCCAACAGUUUUGAAUAGAGUUCGCCCUUUGACUACAACAAAUGUAGGAAGUGCGCGAACUGUGAAGGUACCAUUACAUCGACGAUUUGGUCAUCAUCAUUCUUCAUCUGGAACUGAAAAAACUUUAGUUUUUCAUCCAGAAUUGAAAAAUGAAAGAAGCAGUUAUCCUGCCACUUCCAUCCCAGAUGUAGUACGUAUUAAUUCCAAGGAGCGGAUGUAUCCAACUUACGGCUUGAAUUCGUACACUGCUACGGGUAAUAUACAGCGGGGAGUGAACGUUGCAAGUAGAAAUAAGCAGCGUUCAAAUUGCACUUCUUCAUAUCAGAUUCAACAGAACACUACUCCACGGCAAACAACACGUAAGACAAAAGUAGCACCACCAGCGGAUGAUAUGGAAGCUCGUUUUGGAGCUAAUUAUAUUGGUUCACAUUUAUUGAAUAAUGGGACAGUAAGAGAUUGUUCAUCGUUCGCAUUAUCAAUGGAGAAUCGUCCAAAUGUACCGCAUGGUAUCACUGUUCAAAUAGCACAGCUACGUGAUGCCUCUUUUGCUAGCAUCCGUAGUGGUAAUCCGCAUACAGUUACAGUUGUUCCAGUACCGGUACUGUCUAGAAGUUUCCAAGGGUGUGCUUUUUUUGUUCCAGAUCAGGAUUAUAUUGAAGUUAGCGGAAAUGCCUGGAAUUGGGGCCAUAAGCAAGAUCUCGAUUCGGCUGAACGAUAUGACGCAGAUGGUGAUUUAUCGGUGCCAAUUGAUGCGCAAGGACGACCCUAUCAUUUUAAUUCAAGCAAAGUUGAAUCAGAAGCUGAUCGGAAAAGAAAAAGUGCACCAGCAAGAUAUGAAGAUGAACGAAGCUUUUGUUACUGCAAUUAUGCCCCAGAAUUCUGUGGCGGAUUUACGAAUUUCACAUGUAUCAAACAUCUGGAAGCUUCCUGCUUCCAUUUCACCGAAGAAAUCUACGAUGAGACAUUGAAGCAAGUAGAGACAGUGCAUUUAUUCGGUUGUGCCCCAUUAACACGUGGCUCAGGCGGUUCUUAUUUUACAUGUAAAGCACAUUUAGUUGCACAUGCUCGACCAAAAAGUAUUGCAUGCUGUCGGGAAGGAAAUUACUGUAAUCUUAAUUUGUCUGUUCCAGCUUAUGCAAAUGUUUCACCGGAAGGAGUAAUCGUUGAUCGUUAUGCAUCUUAUAUGACAGUCACGGUUAUUAUAUUUCUUUCAGUAUUCUCUGGGAUUGCAUUACUUAUUUUUUGGCGAGGGAAUUUCAUAGCUUUAAAACUGAAGCCAUCGCUUCAUAGGUCAACACAAGUGAUGGAUGCAGAUGAAAUCGAAAAAGCGCCUAUGCUAUGUGAUAUUAGUAGCGGUUCAGGUUCAGGUUUUGCGAGCUUAAAUCAACGCACUGUUGCGCAGGAUCUUCAAUUCUUAUCUGUAGUAGGUAAAGGACGCUAUGGCGAAGUUAAGAAGGCAUGCUAUCGUGGUGAUCGUAUUGUUGCUGUUAAGACAUUUUAUACUACAGAAGAAGAUUCGUGGAAGAAUGAAAAAGAGAUCUAUCAGACACAAAUGUUGAAUCAUGAGAACAUAUUACAAUUUGUUGCUGCCGAUAUUGGAAGCGAGGAUUCGAUCACUCGAAUGCUCUUGAUUACGGAUUUUCAUGCUUAUGGUUCUCUUUUUGAAUAUUUGCAACGUGGAGAAACCCUCUCUGUGAGUGAAGCUCUACAUCUGGCUUAUAGUGCAGUUUGCGGUUUGGAGCAUUUGCAUAGUGCUUUACAUGGAACAGGCACACCGCAAAAACCGUCUAUUGUACAUCGUGAUGUGAAAUCAAAAAAUAUCAUCGUUAAAAGGCCUUAUGUUUGUUGCAUAGCUGAUUUUGGAUUAGCAUUAACUGAAGAUAUGGUGAAAACUAGAACAGAUAUAAAUAUACAAGUGGGUACCAAACGAUAUAUGGCGCCGGAAUUGCUUGACAAAUCUUUAAAUGUUAAAAAUUUUCAUCAUUUUAAAAUGGCUGAUAUUUAUUCAUUCGCAUUAGUUAUUUGGGAAAUCCUACGACGAAUUCAGGAAGACAACUGCCUUUCAAGAGCUUCCGAAAGUGACAGCGGGAUUGGAAGCAGUGGUAGUGGAAGUGGCACGACGAAACUUAUACCUGGGCUUACUGCCAAUUCUGAUGCACCCAGAUAUAUCACCAAUGUUUCGAGCGGUGUAGUGAAUAAUCAAAGCAUUUCCGACAAUUCGAUGUCAUUAAAAGCGCGACCUCCGAUGCAACCAUUUGAUGGUAUGGUUGAUCCCGAUCCAUCAUUCGAACAAAUGCGUAAGCUUGUAUGUUUCGAAGGCAAGAGACCAUUAUUAGAGGAUGCUUGGAUCAGAGAUCCAUGUCUGAAAGAAAUCUGUGAACUGAUGAACGAAUGCUGGAGUGCAAGCAUUGAUUGUCGACAUACUGCACUACGUGUUAAAAGGAAAAUCAAAGAUACGAUUUUGAAGCAUAAUGGUUUGGGUGGUACACAUACUUCUGAAUCCAACAAACAAGAUUGCUCAACGAAGGCUUUGCUACUUCCUGAUACAUCAAAUAAUGUAUUUCGUAAUGAUGGUGUUCUUUGUGGUUUAUUACCGGGAUUGACAAGAAGACAAAAUGAUCUAUGUUUACGACAUCGUACAGCAAUACGUUAUAUUGUAAAAGGUUUGAAAGCUGCGGUAUAUGAAUGUAGAAAUCAGUUUCAUGAUCAACGAUGGAAUUGCUCAGCAAGUCGCAACGGUUUUGCUAUUUCUCAUCUUAAAAUUGGAAGUAAAGAAUCUGCUUAUGUAUUCGCUUUAUCAUCUGCUGCAGUAAGUCAUGCAUUAGCACGAGCAUGUGCGCAAGGUACAAUUGCAAGUUGUAGCUGUGGCUUACAUCCGAAACGUAUUACAAAACAAUUUCGAUGGGCUGGUUGCUCUGAUAAUGUUAAAUUUGCAAAUAAUUUUGGACGUAAAUUUAUGGAUGCAGCUGAUUUAACACAUACAAAUGAUGCUCGUUCGAUGAUGAAUUUGCAUAAUAAUCGUGUUGGACGAAAAGCAAUAUCAAGUAAUGUGCAUCGAGAAUGCAAAUGUCAUGGUGUAAGUGGUUCAUGCGUGAUGCAAACAUGCUGGAAAGUUGUGCCAAAACUUGAGGAAGUUGGCUUAUUGCUACGAAAAAAAUAUUUACAUGCUGCUAAGGUUAGUGUAUCAUCUGAAGGUAAAACUUUGGUACCACGGAUGGAGAAAAUAGGAAGUCGUUCUGGAAGAUAUCUGCACAAAUCCGAACAAAGAUCAAUCUUAGACAAUGAACUUGUUUAUUUGGAUGAUUCACUGGAUUAUUGCAAGGAAGAUAAAUUAAACGAUAUUCAAAGUCCACAAGGUCGAGAAUGCUUCGACAAGUGUAAUAUGAUAUGCUGUGGACGAGGUCAUAAAACAGUUCGUAUGAUAGAGGAGCAACAGUGUAACUGUAAAUUCAUAUGGUGUUGUGAAGUGAAAUGCGACAUAUGUCAUCACAUUGCUAGCCAUAAUUUUUGCAUAUAA